UGCCUUUCCUAAUCGAACGCAACAGAGAGUUGUCCCACCGAAACGACGCCGACCCGAACCAUAAACCCGAAACCCUUUGACUUGGACACUUCAAUUUUCUCAGUCCUAACCAGAUCAGAUUUUUUUCCCCAAUUAUUUUCUUGGGUUUUAUUUGUAUAAUUUUUAGAAAAAACAAAAAAAAUUAAUUAAGAAAAAUGGCUAUGGCGGGGCUGUACAGACGAAUCCUUCCUUCUCCUCCUGCAGUCGAAUUUGCUUCCUUACAGGGAAAGGAGCUUUUUCUUGAAGCCAUUCAGAGUGGGACUAUGGAAAACUUCUAUAGGUUGAUUUCUUCUUUUCAGACGCAAUCAGAGCCCGCUUAUUGUGGAUUGGCGAGCCUGUCCAUGGUUUUGAAUGCCCUUGCUAUUGAUCCCGGAAGGAAAUGGAAAGGACCCUGGAGAUGGUUUGAUGAAUCUAUGUUAGACUGCUGCGAGCCUUUGGAGACAGUUAAAGUAAGAGGGAUCUCAUUUGGGAAGCUUGUCUGCUUGGCUCACUGUGCUGGAGCAAAAGUUGAAGCCUUCCGCACAAAUCAUAGUACAAUUGAUGAGUUUCGUAAAUAUGUGUUGAGAUGUUCUACAUCUGAUGAUUCUCAUGUGAUCUCAUCAUAUGAUAGAUCAGCUCUCAAACAGACAGGUACCGGUCAUUUUUCACCAAUUGGUGGAUAUCAUGCUGGAAGAGACAUGGCGCUUAUUCUGGACGUUGCACGUUUUAAAUAUCCUCCUCAUUGGGUGCCCCUCAAAAUUCUUUGGGAUGCCAUGAAUAAUGUUGAUCCCUCUACUGGACAACGCAGAGGGUUCAUGCUUAUAUCUAGGCCGCACAGGGAACCAGGUCAACUUUAUACCCUGAGCUGCAAACAUGAGAGUUGGGCCGGUGUUGCGAAAUACUUAAUGGAUGAUGUUCCUCUUCUUCUAAAAUCAGAGGAGGUGAAAGACAUUCAAGAAGUUCUCUCUGUUGUUUUCAUGUCGCUCCCAUCCUAUUUUGGGCAAUUCAUCAAGUGGGUUGCAGAAGUUCGGAGACGAGAAGAUGGUUGCCAAAGCUUAAGCCCUGAGGAAAAAGCUAGGCUUGCUGUCAAGGGGGAGGUACUGAGACAAGUCCAGGACACUGGCCUUUUUAAACAUGUGGCAGAAUUAUUAUCUUCAGCACAUUCAUGCUGCGGAAACUUAUAUUCUGGUCACGAAGAAAACUUGCGCAACAUUGCUGCGAGUGUUUGCUGCCAAGGUGCACAAAUUUUGUCGGGGAAGUCUGCCUUCUCGGGGGUGUAUUGUUGUCAGGAAACAUGUGUGAAAUGCUUGAAGGCUAAUGGUGACAAGCCAGUCAUGGUUGUGAGUGGGAUGGUGGUAAAUGGUGGAGCCGAGGAGAGGAUGGACAUGCUUGUUCCUUCGUCAAAAACAAAUUCAGGAUGUUCUUGUGCAAUUGGGAUGCAUCCAGCUAGCAAUGACAUUGUAACAGCACUUCUACUGGCCUUGCCCCCAGGUACAUGGUCUGGGAUCAAAGACGAGAAGCUUUCGAAAGAAAUAUCUAACCUUGUUUCCACUGUAAAUCUUCCUACUUUGCUUCAAGAAGAGGUUUUGCACUUGCGACGCCAGCUCCACCUUCUUAAGAAAUGCCAAGAGGAUAGGGUAGACAAAGAUCUUUGCUCCCCUCUCGCUUAGACUUCUCUCAUGUUUACUCUGAUUUGCCUAGUAUCGCCAAUGGACAUCAAGCAGAGAAGGCAUCAAUAACUCGUUUUCGAUGUACUUAUCAAAUUAUCCAUAAAUAUAGGCACCGUAUAAAACUAUAUGUAUUACAGAACUGAAUGAUCAUGAAGAGUCAUGGCGAAACCUUAGUUUGGUACUGAGGUGAUUCUAAAAAAAAAUGGCUAUAAAAAAAAAUUUGGAGCU